AUGCUGUUAUUGUAUUUGAGUAUUACUGUGCUGGUAUCAGGAGCAAACCCACCACAAAUAGCAUCCCCUAAUUGCCCAGACCGCUGCAAUGUUAGGAUUCCAUACCCUUUCGGAGUUGAAUCAUCCACAUCCAAAGGAGCUGGUUAUUCCCUAGACCUAGGGUUUGUAAUAAACUGCUACCCGAAUGAGACUGCAGUGUUGAGGCUCGAGGAACAAGAGGUGCAGGUGCUGGAUAUUUCCAUUGAAGACCGCACGAUUCGGGUUAACAACUCUGUUGCUAAAUACUGCCAGGGUGAUGGUUAUACUAAUCAGCAACCAUCAAAAUUAACCGGGACACCUUUCACUUAUUCUCAGAGCCACAAUACAUUUGUUUCGGCCAGUUGCGACCUCCUGGCCGUGGUGUGUGAGUCUGAAGACAAUGUCAUCCUUGGUGGGUGCAGCUCAGUUUGUGGUGACGAGACGACUCAUACUAAUAGUACGAGUCACUUGGAGUGUAAGACUAGUACCAACUGUUGCCAGACUAACCUCCCCCCAAACAGGAAGAGUUUGUUUUUUCACUUGCUAACCACUGCUGGAGAGGGUGCAAAUUGCUCCACGAUUUCCAGUUCACAGCGGAAUAAACAUGCAUUUUUGGUUGACCAAAUUUGGUUUCAGAACUUAUCUAAUUCAUCGGCUGCAGGAAGAGUCAGCGAGAAGGAUUUGGAGGAGGUUCCUUUGGUGCUAGAAUGGGCCAUAAACGAUUCAUUCACACAGUUUAAUGAAUCUAAUUAUCCCUCUACUGAUUCAUCUAGUUGCCAGAAGGUUCUGGCAAACAAACUGCAGACCACCUUUAUUUGUAGCUGCUCGGCAGGCUAUGAAGGAAAUCCUUAUCUUGGGAGCCAAUUUUGUUCAGAUACUGAUGAAUGCACAGACCGUGCUAAAAACCAUUGCUCGGCUGGCGAAAAAUGUGUCAACCUUGAAGGGAGCUACCGCUGUAAAAAAGAGAGCAAAGCUAAGAUAUAUGUUCUAGUAGGUCUUGCCGCUUGUCUUGGAACGGUUUUGCUACUUCUCGUUGGAUUUUUGGGUUACAGAAAGCGGAAAAAUGGAGUGACAGUUGUGAACGAUGGUAGCAAAGAAGAAAUUGUGACAGUUGCCAACCUUGCAAAACGUUGCCUAAAUUUGAAUGGAAGGAGACGCCCUACUAUGAAAGAAGUAGCAGUGGAGCUGGAGGGAAUUCAAUUGUCAGUUAAAGGUUUGGGUCGUGUUCAAGGACUUGCAGAGGGAACAAUCAUAUAG